AUGACACUUAAUGUGAUUCUCGAGGUUGAGCUUUUUGAUGUUUGGGGCGUUGAUUUCAUGGACCCUUUCCCAUCAUCUUUCCACAAUAAGUUCAUUUUAUUAGCAGUGGACUAUGUGUCAAAGUGGGUCGAGGCAGCUGCAACAAAAGAAAAUGAUGGCAAAACAAAACUUGAUGCUUUACUUGCUCGGCAUGGAGUAUAUCAUUGCAUUGCUUUACCAUAUCAUCCUCAGUCGAAUGGUCAAGCUGAAAUUUCAAACAAGGAGGUGAAAAGUAUUCUUGAAAAGACGGUGGAUAGCUCCAGGAAGAAUUGGUCCAAGAAACUAGAUGAUGCACUUUGGGCCUAUAGGAUGGCAUUCAAAACUCCGAUUGUGAUGUCACCCUAUAUGUUAGUCUUUGGGAAGGCAUGUCAUUUGCCUGUUGAGCUGGAGCACAGGGCUUAUUGGGCUAUGAAAAAGUUGAAUCUUGACGAGAAGGCUGCUGGACAAAAUAGACUACUUCAACUAAAUGAACUUGAUGAAUUUUGUAAGGAAGCCUAUGAGAAUGCUAAGAUAUACAAGAAGCACAGCAAGGCAUGGCAUGAUAAAAACUUGAUCAAAAAAGAGUUUCAACCCAGGCAACAGGUACUUUUGUUUAACUCAAGGUUGAGACUAUUUCCUGGCACGUUGAAAUCAAGGUGGUAUGGCCUUUAUACUGUCGUGAAAGUUUUCCUUUAUGAAUCGGUGGAAGUGCAAUGCAAAAAUGGCACGCCAUUCAAAGUGAACGGUCAAAGGUUGAAACAAUAUUUGGGUGGUCCUGUCGACCAAACCAAGUCAGUGAUCCUUUUGAAGCCCAUCUGA